GGAGCCGACGCUGCUGCACCUCGUCGCAUUUACUGCAGCGCUGCAUGCUCUCAGCUUCACCUCCACAGCAACCAAAGCACCAAAGAUGGGAAAAAUUAACGGAUGCCUCAAGUGCCUCUUUAUCUUCUUCAAUGUCAUCUACGCGAUCCUUGGUUGUGUGCUGAUGUACGGCACAGUGAAGGUGACCGUCUACAGUAGCCAGCUCUCAGCAGUUGGGGGUCCAGGCCUGGGAUGGGCCUGGGUGUUUGCCAUCGGCAUUCUUGGCAUCUCCUGCCUGGGAAUCUACGCCGGCUGCUCCGAGAAAGCCCUCUUUCUCAAAAUAUUUGCAGGUUUCAUGGGCGUUGGAAUGGUCAUCAUGCUGAUCUGUGGUAUUAUCGUGGCCGUCAAAAGAAACCAGGUCCGAGAUGCCAUGACGACCCUCAGCAGUGAGUACGUGAAGCCCUUACUGGAGGAUAACGACAUCAGGGCGGCGCUCCAAGCAUUCCAAGAAGCUGGUCAGUGCUGUGGGGUGAUGAGCGCAGAGGACUGGGGCAAUGAGAUCCCCGACUCCUGUCGAUGCUCCAGGCCCUCACACAGUUAUGGUCUGGGAUAUGGAGACUGUAAAUCGAAGCCACAGGGAUACAAAGGUCCGGACAGCAUCUAUGCACAGACCUGCGGUGGCAUCAUCUUCAUGUACGUUGACCUCGUCUUCAAGGCCGCCCUGGGCUUCUUCUUCGGUUUCGCAAUCACCGCUCUCUUCGGCCUGCUGAUUUCCCUGCUCAUGGUCCACCAGGUCAAACGUCAUGACGGCGCCGGAGGGUCGUCUCUCGCCAUGAAGGGCUACUGAAGGGUUCUGACCUUCAACCUCUGCACUCAAUGCACCACGUGUUCUUAUUUACCCUUUUUUAUUUUUUAAAUGCCGUUUCUGCCUUUAAAGAGAGCGAGCGAGCAGAGACGCCGCCAUGAGAAAAGAGGAAAACCUCCAGCUUUGUAUGGUCGAAAAUAUUGCUUAAAUAUCAAACAUUUAUUUUUUUGGAAAUCAAAUAUAUAUCUCUUUUGUUGUGUUAAUUGAUGUUUCCAUGUAUUGUACUCAUAGAUACUUAUCGUAGACAUGAACUGUAUUUAACUACAGCUCUGUUUACCUGAGGAGGCGAAUACACUCCAGAUUGACGUUCCAAAAUAUCCCAAAUUAAACCUGUGUCAAUAAAAACUGUGACUCCAGAGAUUAAUUUGUUUCAAAAACAUCCAACAACUGACACUAAAAUUCUCUAAAAUGCGAUUUUAAUUCAGCAACUUUAGUGUCUUGUUUUUUUUCCCCACUGUAGGAACCUGUGGGACAUUAAGGAUGGAUCGAACCUUGCAUCUUCUAACAGCUGCUUUCAGUUAGCAAACCAACUAGCAAGCUAACUGCUAACACUCUAGGCAAGCAAUGACAUGCCAAUGCUAGUUCUUCUAGCUAAUGGAAUGGCUGUUAGCAUUUAAGUAACUCCACUAACUCAGCAAGUUAGCUAAUUUCUUUCCUACCUGGUCAAUAAUUCAGAAGAUUUUGACUCCUGAGGCUAAUUUGACCAAGAAACAUCCAACUACCGAGGCCAAAAGCUCUCUAAAACUUAAACUUAGCUUGUUUUGUUUUCCACUGCAGGAACUUGUGGGACAUUUUAGGAAGGCUCGAACCUUAGUGCAACAUGUUUGUACCAUCUUUUAAUAGCUACUUGUAGUUAGUGAAGUAGCUGGCAAGCUAAUUGCUGACGCUCUAGGCAAGUAGGAACAUGCUAGCGCUAGUUCUUGUAGCUAACAGUGUGGCUGUUGAGAAUUAAGCUACUCCACUAACUUAUCAAGUUAACUCGUUUGUUUGCUACUUGGCCAAUAAUCCAAAAGAUUUUGACUCCUGAAGCUAAUUUGGUUCAGAAGCAUCCAACAAUUGAGGCUACAAAUCCCUGAAAGCUAACAGUGAGAAACUGAAAAUCCAAUUUUAAUUCUGAAACUGUUGUGUCUUGUUAUUCACGACUAGAUUAAACCUCUUUCUUGGACAUGCAACAGCUACUUUAAGUUAGCAAAGUAGUUGACAGGUUAACUGCUCACACUCUAGUCAAGAAGGCACAUGUUAGCACUACUUCUUCUAGCUAACGGUGUGGCUGUUAGCAUAUCAGUUAGCAAGUUAGCUAGUUUCUUUGUUACCUGGCCAGUAAUUCUGGCAAUGUAAAUGUUUGCCUUAAACAUUUACAAACCAUCCAUUUUUUGAAGAGCAAUUAUAUGCUAAUGCUAACAGCUAAUGUUAAACGAAAGUGGCUAGUGCAGCACAGCUAACAGGCUAAUAGGAUUUUAGAUUUCAGAUAGGAUUAAAAGCUGCUGUAAUGUUUACAGAUGGUGACUGAAUUCUAUGUUGUUUUUUUUACAUAAAAUGCAUAAAAUAAAAACCGUAAAUUGAUGCAAAAAACAAAUUAUUGUGAAAGCCAGUGUAAAUCACUCAAAUUGUCCUGUUGAAGAACAUUUAAAUGAUCUUAAAGGUAUAUUAUCAGUAAAAACACACAUUUGUGCACUACCAAAUUUGGUCACCAAAUUUGAACUGGAUGAUUAAAUUUUAUAAUUCACUUUCCCGUAUAAAUUGCUGGUAAAUUAAUAACUUCUUGUACAGAAAAAUGAGCUGAGAACCUCCUCAGGUUAAACUGAUCCAGUCAGAAGAACUUUCAGCUUGUCGGCUGUGUGUGAUUGUAAAGAACAACGUAACACGAGGAAUUUUGCAUAUUUUCCAAACCUGUGUAUGUCUAUGUGGAGCACUUGAGGACUUAUAAUAUGAAGUCAAAGACAUUUUUGCUGAUGGAAUAAACUGAAAAUCCGAACGUAAAAAUUUGAAACGUCACCAAAAUGUUUGUUUUGACCACAGAUUGUAUGUAAAAGAUGGAUGUAGCUUCUCAGUGUGAAAAAACUAAAGCUUUAAAGCUGUGUUCCCUGUAACGGCCAGCGGGGGGGCCUCUGUUACCAAAGCAAUUGCACUGUAGUCGAUGAGAAGACGAGCCUCCUUCUCAGUUGAUUUGUUACCCCAGUAAACACUUAUCUGAUGAGUUCAUGGUCUCAAUUGUGAGUUUAAUGCCUCCUUUAAUGCAGCAUGAUACAAAUUUUGUAAUUUAUGAUCAAUAUAUGUUAGUAAAUGUGAGGGCAGGGCCACCUUCGAAAUGAAAUAUUGCAUCUUGAUUUCUUUAAAAAUUCCAAACUGGUGGAUUUAAAACACAAACCAGUGAGUGCAUCCAUCUGUUACAUACAGUCUGUGGUUAGAAUCUGAAUCAUCACUACAAACAAAAGCCAUGAUAAUAAAUUCAGUUUAUUUAUUUACAUUAAAAGGAAAGUUCGUAGAAUGUAAGAAUACCAACAAGCUUUGAGAAGAAGCAUCCACAACUGGCCUCAGGAAAGUCAAAUUUGUAGAUUCAGUGAAAGUUUAGUCUGUCGUCAAUAUUUUUAAACCACAAGAUGGCAGCAUUAUUUUGCUUUUAGUCGCUUUCACAUCUAAAAAUGAGAUUCCACUCAGCGUUUGAGGAUUUUACAUAAGAAUAAAAUCAAAAAUAUACAUCAAAGACACACACCGACCCGUCUCCACAAAAUAUAACUCACAAACUUUUCCAUCUCUUGCUUAAAAUAUGUAUCUGACAUUAAAAUGUUUCAAAUCUUGACUCUAAAAUACUAGAUUUUUGUUCUGAAAUAUUCUUGUUUGGUGGAAAAUCAUCUGUUUCCAUGAAUGCAGUGGACAUGCAGAUUUGUUGCUUUGAAGUUUUUUUUUAAAGAUAUAAAUAAAGAAAUGUCACAACCUUGA